AAAGAGUUCAGUCCGGAGCUCCGCGAGCUCAGAAGGAUCCGGAGGCGCGAGCUGAAAGGAAGUCUGCAGCAUGAGGGUGUUGGUGUGGCUGGUGUCCAUGACGACAGUGUCGUUGGCGCCCUUGGUGGCGGGCGGCGUCCAGCUGCUCUCUGAGCCGUUCGGCAGCCUGAUGUCUCCUAACUUCCCGGAGCCGUACCCUGGAGACACAGUGCUCCGCUGGAAUGUCAGCGUUCCCGAUGGCUUCCAGGUGCGUCUGUCCUUCAGCCACUUCGACCUGGAGCCGUCCUACCUGUGUGAGUACGACUACGUCCAGGUGGAGGCGGAGGGCGAGGUUCUUGCUCUGUUCUGUGGUCGGGAGCAGACGGACACGGAGUCGGUUCCUCAGCAGCUCAUCACGUCUCCCAGGAACUCUCUGUCGCUGCUCUUCUCCUCCGACUUCUCCAAUGAAGAGCGCUAUGCCGGCUUCAUGGCUCACUACAGCGCCGUGGACGUGGAUGAGUGCAGCGAGCGCUCAGAUGAAGAUCUGCUUUGUGAUCAUUUCUGUCACAACUACAUCGGAGGAUACUACUGCUCCUGUCGCUAUGGUUACCAGCUGCACUCCGACAACCGCACCUGCAGAGUGGAGUGCAGUGGCGGUGUUUUCAGGGAACGUUCCGGCAUCCUGAGCUCCGUAGAUUUCCCGUCUCCAUACCCGAAGAGCUCCGACUGCUCGUACCGGAUCGAGGUGGAGCUGGGCUUCAGGCUCCGCCUCCUUUUCGACCCCCGAUUCGACGUGGAGGACCACCCCGACGUCCGCUGCCCCUACGACCACGUCAAGAUCACGGCGGGAGGCAGAGAGUUCGGUCCGUUCUGCGGAGUUCGUUCACCCGGCGAGAUCCAGACCGACAGCAACGAAGCCACGGUCCUCUUCCACAGCGACAACUCAGGGGAGAACCUGGGCUGGAGCCUCUCAUACACCUCUACAGGAAGUAAAUGUCCGGCACCUGAAACUCCGCCCAACGCUGUGCUGACCCCCGUCCAAUCAGAAUACUCCUUCAGAGACCACGUCCUGUUCACCUGUUUACCUGGAUACAAGCUGCUGAAGGACGGGAACAGUCUGGACCACUACCAGGUGGCCUGUGGGUCUGACGGCUCGUGGAGCGGCGGUCCUCCUCAGUGUCAGAUGGUGGAUUGUGGAAAUCCGCCGGCGGUCGCCAUGGCUGACGUGGUGUUUGGUAGUCAUGACAACAGCACGGUGUUUGGGUCGACGGUUUGGUUCGUCUGCAGGUUCGAUUCCCUCCAGAACAACAACAGCAACAGUUCCUUCAGCUGUGGGCCGAGUGGGGACUGGGUCAGUCCAGAAUCAGGGACCAGACUGCCCACCUGUCUGCCAGCCUGCGGCCGGCCGUCCCGCUCGCUGCCCCCUCAGGUGAAGCGGAUCGUGGGCGGUCGCGGUGCCGAGCCCGGCCUGUUCCCCUGGCAGGUUCUGCUCAGCGUGGAGGAUCUGUCCCGGGUCCCAGAGGACCGCUGGUUCGGCUCUGGAGCCCUGCUGUCCGAGUCCUGGGUCUUGACGGCCGCCCACGUCCUGAGGUCCCAGCGGAGGGACACCAGCGUUGUCCCUGUGUCCCCUGAACACGUCAAGGUGUUCCUGGGACUCCACGACGCUGCAGACAAGCGGUCGGGCACUAAUCUUUCUGUGGAGGAAAUUUUCCUUCAUCCGAACUUCCAACCCAACAACUACAACAACGACAUCGCUCUGCUGAAACUGAAGGGGGCGCUGCAGUUCACCGAGCUCAUCAGACCCGUCUGUCUGCCGGCAGCACCGGGACCGGACGACCCUCCCUCUCCCCUCCCGAACUCUCUCGGGGUCGUUGCCGGUUGGGGAAUCUCCAACCUGAACGUGUCGACCUCCGGUGACCCCUUCACGCUGACCUCUGACCCCGGCAUGACCUCUGACCUCCUGCAGUACGUGAAGCUGCCGGUGGUUUCUCAAGACGAGUGUCAGGCGAGUUACGCCUCGCGAUCCGUCAGCUACAACAUCACCGACAACAUGUUCUGCGCUGGGUUCUUCCAGGGUGGCCGGGACACCUGCCUGGGGGACAGUGGGGGGGCGUUCGUGAUGCAGGACGGGGUCAGCAGCAGCUGGGUGGUGUUCGGGCUGGUGUCCUGGGGGGGGCCCGAGGACUGCGGCAGCCAGAGGGUCUAUGGGGUCUACACCCGAGUGUCCAAAUAUGUGCAGUGGAUCCAGACGCAGCUGCAGGCCACCCCCUGGUGGUGAGGGACGGCAGAGACAGACGGCUUGUUUACGUCUCGGACACUUUCGCAUUUUAUGAAUAUUUCCACAAAGACCUGGACUCAUGUUGUAACCCAGAAUGCUUUGUUACACUCCUGUUAUGUUGUCUUUACAGAACAAAUGGAAGCCACAAUGAAAACUGUUUUAUAUAUAUUUAAACAUUAUGAUGUACCUCUUAUACAUUAUUUUACACUCCUGUCAAUUAAUAACAAGU